GUACCGUCGACCGUCGUCGUCGUCGUCGUGGUCGUGCACUCGUGCCACUAGUCCGUUUUUUUGCGGUAACCGCACUCGAAUUGAUCGUGUUUCUUAUAGUGUUACAAGUUUACAACUUACGUAGUUACGUCUUGCGAACGGCGUCGUCGUUUUCUGCAUAAUACCUUAACGUGUGCUUGAUGCGCUCCUGUGCCGAUGCUAUAAAUUGCCUGAACUGCAUCUUUGCAGUUCUGUUUGGUGACGCUCGUCAAUAAUUAUUAUCGUUAUUAAAUAUUAAUAUUAACGACUAUAAUACCGUCGUUUAAUAAAUUUUGAAUUAAAAUUUACACGAACAUGAAGUCAUUGUGACCGCGCAAGUUUCUUCCUCGUUGGCACAGAAAAUCAAAAAAAUUUUUAAAAUAUCUUCUUAUUAGUGCGUGUGCUUACAUAUAAAAUCAAAAAUGAAGACUCAGAAUUACCAUGGGAGUGAAAUAUUUUUACCGCUCUCCGAUUGUGUUGGACUAUCUGUAGAUUUGGUGAAUUUUGUAAUUUGUCAACUUACUGCAUUAUGUAUAGCGCCAUUAAUGUAUACAUUUUUGCCACCAAAAAAUCGACAAUAUAUAUUUCUUCGAGAAAUAUUUGGACUUAUAAUUGGAUUGUCCAUGGCUUACAUCUGUUUUGGAUAUCAAAUGUUACAUCUUAUUAUUCUGCCGACAAUCUGUUACGUUACUUUACAAACAUUGAGUCCAAAUACGAUACAUAAAGCCGUUUUACUUAUAUGUUGUUUGUACUUAUCACUAUUACAUAUUUAUCGUCAAGUUUAUGAGUAUGGAUCUUAUACCUUGGAUAUUACAGGUCCAGUAAUGGUAAUGGUGCAAAAAUUAUCAGCAUUAGCAUGUGGCUUACACGAUGGCCUCAUGGCUGACAAGAAACAAUUAACAGAUAUUCAACAACGUUACAAGAUUAAAAAGGCCCCAACACUUAUUCAAUACAUAAGCUACUUAUUAACAUUUCAAACAAUUUUAGCUGGACCCAAUGCUUUUUUUGAAGAUUAUAUCGCCUAUUUAGAUGGUACCAAUUUUCCAAAAAAAUUACCAAAAGAAGCUAAAUCACCUCCAUCUCCUUUAAAGCCUGUAUUGAAAAAAGUAUUAAUUACUUUCAUAUGUGCUCUUGUAAUUUACUUCAUUGUACCAAUGUACCCGGCUUCUACAUUGAUAGAUGAAAAAUUUUUAAGCGAAUCUCCAUUUUACUCAAAAAUUUGGUUCAUUAUAGUCAUUACAUCUUUAACUCGUUUCAAGUAUUAUUUUGCUUGGACCCUAGCUGAUGCAGUUUGCAAUGCUUCUGGUUUUGGAUUUUCUGGUUACAAUGAAAAGGGCGAACAAGAAUGGAAUCUACUUGAUAAUAUCGAUAUUUUAGGAGUUGAAUUUGGUGUUAACUUCAGAGCUACAAUCGAUGCCUGGAACAAAGGCACAAAUCUGUGGCUUCGUUAUGUUAUGUACGAAAGGGCAUCACCUAAAUAUAACACAGUUAUGACAUACACAUUAUCUGCAUUUUGGCAUGGUUUCUACCCAGGUUAUUAUGUGACCUUCCUUACUGGAUCAUUAUUUACGAACAGUGCAAGAAUGGUUAGGAGAUGUUUGUGGCACAGGUUCCAGCAACCCAAACCUGCAAAACUUGCUUACGACUUUGUAACAUGUUUCUUGACUAGACUUUGUUUGUCAUACAUGACAUUUUCCUUCAUACUCUUGGAGCUUAUGCCUGCAUUGCGCGUCUUUUGGCAUCUCAUGUUUUAUCUGCACAUAUUAGCUGCAUUGGGCAUAUAUGUACUACCAUUAAUCGUCACUCCGCUCAAAACAGUCAAGAAAAAAUCACAAUAAUUUGAUGUAAAUGAUUAUAGUUAGCAACUAUAAUCUUUAUGAAUUCGAUCAAUAAAAGACUGUAUGUGUGGUAAAUCAAAAAAUAU